AUGCUCCGACAGCAACAGCAGACUGUAAGUUCUCCUGUCAGUGUCCAGUGUGGAGAGGACACCAUGGAGGUCAGUGUCCAGAGGGAUUUGUAUGGGAAUGGAAAGCUAGUGAAACCUUCUGAUCUGAGCCUGGGAGCCCAACUAUGCAAGCCCAGCACCGAAAGUACCGACAACAUGGUCAUCUUCCAGAUUAGCCUCCAGGAGUGUGGUAACACUGUGCAGAUGUAUCAAGAUUGGGUGGUCUACACCACCAGCCUGACCUACAGCCCAACCUCCUCCAUUCCAAUCGUCCGAACCAACCCAGCUGUGGUCCCCAUAAUAUGCUACUACUAUCGGCAUGGUAAUGUGAGCAGCAAGGCCAUUAAGCCAACAUGGCUUCCAUUCAGCACCACAGUGUCCUCAGAAGAGAGGCUGUCCUUUUCUUUACGCUUGAUGGCUGAGGACUGGAGUGGCCCUAGAAGUUCUUCAGUCUUUCAGUUGGGAGAUAUUCUCUACAUAGAGGCCUCUGUGGACACUCGGAACCAUAUUGGCCUGAUCCUGUUUAUUGACCGAUGUGUGGCCACCAUAUCGCCUGAUACCAGCUCUUCUCCUAAUUAUGACAUCAUUACGGACAAUGGGUGUCUGGUAGAUGGAAUGCAAGAGGACUCCUCUGCAGCCUUCAUGACUCCAAGGGUCAAACCAGACAACCUACGGUUCACAGUAGAUGUCUUCCGAUUCCUAGGAAAUGAUGCGUCUCUGAUCUACAUAACCUGUUACCUGAGAACUGCUGCAGCCACCCAGGUCCCAGAUUCCAUGAACAAGGCCUGUUUCUAUAGCAAAGCCACAAAUGGCUGGUCUGCAGUUGAGGGCCCCAGCAAUAUCUGCCAGUGUUGUCAAACAGGCACCUGCAGCAACCCUAAUCUGAUGACAGGAGGAAGGACCAGAUUUGGAAGACCGAGAGCAUUUGGCAAGAGGGAAGCCUUGGAUGGAUCCAUUCAGGCAACAAAGGGAAUACCACCCUGCAAGCUGCCAUAUACUGCUAAGGAGCAUGGCAUGCUCAAACCAACAUCACGGGAGGAUGUCGACAAUUUACCAAAGCCACAUCAAUGGAAAAAGGCUGCAAAGAAGAAAUAA